GAAAAUAAAAGCGAAAUCACUGAAAUUGAUCAAGAGAAAAAAUUCCGUGAGAUUUUAUUAGCGGAACACAUGAGAAACGAAUUAAACAAAAGAAUAUAUAACCCGGAAGGGUUUCCUUUAGAGAAGGCUGAUCCUAAUGAAAAUAAAAUACUUGACAGAAUGUUUGAAACAAAUAAAAAACGGCGCUUAAAUGAAGCAAAAGGAGGUAAGCGGAGAUUUUAA